AUGCCACGCAAGUUCUCUUUCCCGAGUAUCAAGAUGUACGAAGGUACCAGAGAUCCCGACAACCACGUUGCCCAGUACAAGCAACGCAUGCUAGCCGUGGCUAUCCCUAGAGAAGCAAGGGAAGCUACCAUGUGCAAAGGAUUUGGGUCAACAUUGACCGGUCCGGCCCUUCAAUGGUACAUUAACCUCCCAACCAAGUCUAUCAGGUCCUUUGCGGCCCUUAGCGACAAGUUUGUGGAGCAAUUCGCCAGCAGCCGCCAUCUAGAGAAGAGAUCGGACGAUCUGUAUGAAAUCCUCCAGCACAGAAAUAAACCCUUGCGUUCCUACAUAGCCCGCUUCAACCAAGAGAAAGUGGUUAUCCCCGAGUGCAACGCUGAUACGGCUAUCUCAGCCUUCAAGAAGGGUCUACUUCCAGAAGGAGAUCUCUACAAGGAGCUGACCAAGUACAAGUGCAUGACCAUGGAAGACGUGCUGUCCCGUGCUUGGGCUCAAGUAAGAUGGGAGGAAGACGUCGCAAGCAGGGCAAAGGCCUCCUCAAAGUAUGAUCAGAAACCUUCAAAACCAGUAAGGAGCGACCGCGACGAGUCCUUCCAUCCUAAGUCCUCUAAGGAGGCUAGCAAUCCAGGCAGGGGCAGGUACCAGAACCGUCCUUUACCAAGAUCUGAAGGGAUGAUGGUGUCUACUUGGCCCGAUAUCUCUCAUCUUGUACCAGAACCGUCCUUUACCUAG